GUGGGUAUUGUAAAUGUGGCUAUUGUGGGGUGUAAUUUCGCCCGUCGCCAGUAUGGCGAAUGUCUAUUGGCGAAAGUUGAAUUGGCGAAACGCGACUUUACCUUUUUUGGACCUUUCGACUUUUUAAUUAUAACCAAGUGGGCCAAAACAUAACUGGAAAACGUAUUUAAGGGUAUUCUACAGAAUUUGAAAUAAAAAAAACAGCCAUGGGCUUUUUACCUCUGCUGAAGGCUAGUCGAUAUAUUGAAAAAACGUAUUUCAAUGCUAAACAUAAAGACCAACAAAAUUUUUUACAACUCUUUUUAUUGAAGAAAAGAAUACGCUCAAUUUAUUCAAGAAAUUUUCUUGAAAGUUUCAAACUUGGACAGAUGGAAAUGGACUCACACAGUCGUAUUCAACUUUUUGGAAACUGUUUAGCCAAAACGGUGUCGCGUUCCACGAUUUUUAUUUGAAAAAAACAUUUUAAUGUAAAGAUAUUGUGGAACGUUUAGAAUGGAAUUAAAUUGAAUUGUAUACUUGCUACGGGUGCUAGAAGAAGAGAAUACCGUAAAGAUUUUGAAUUCUAUUACAUUGGAGAAGAUAUAGUUGAGAAGUUGUUGGAUACUUCAUCUGAUAAAACAACAACAUCUCAGACACUCCUAAUACCAACAGCGACCCACAGCGGAAAAAGCAGAAAGAAUGUUUCACUAUUUAAAAAGCCGGAUAGUGCAAGCAGUGGGUAUUCAUCGACUGAUUUGAAUGCAAGCGUCGAUUUAAAUGAUUCACCCAUUAACUUCGUCAGUAUAUCAAAACUAAGAAAGUCCAACAGAAAACAUAGCGAUGAAGUGUUUGGAAAUUUAGCAAUAAAUGCGCCGAAUGUUCAUAAAAUUGAUUCACCUCCACCGAAAAAAGAACAUCCAACAGCUAACCGCCCAGUUACUGUUCGUAAAUUUCCUCGAGAGAAAUCAACAAAUUCUCAUAAUAUUCAGCUCCAAAAUAUGAACGAUAAACGUCGAAACAGUAUAAUAUCACAAACAGGAAUAGAUCUCGAUACUUCUUUAACAACUAACGAUACUCUUAAACCAGUUCAAGUAUUGAAGCCGAAAGGUCCAGGCAGUGCCAUUAGUGUUCUCAAGUUGAAACGAAUACAAGAAGAUGCAACAUCAUCGGCUAAAACAACUGGGUAUCAUCCGAGACCAAGUAUUAUAGACACGAUCGAUCUACGUGAACCGAUCGUCGAAACAGCGCCAAGAGUUGAUAAACCAAAGUCUGCCAUCAGUGUCACUAAAAUCUCAAAACUAAACUCAGCGAAGACCCCGCUAGUGAUCGAAAAGGGCAGAAAACGAGCACAAUCAUUAGAAAUUAUAAGUGAAAAUAGUACCGAUCCUACUCCUCCUGAAUCCACUGUCAGCGUCUUGAAAGUAAAACGAAAUAAUUCGAAAGAUUCAUCACAGACUGUAAAAGACAAUCAGCCAAGACCGAGUGUAAUCGAGACAAUCCAACUAAAAGAAUUUGUAAAAGAGCCUCAAACAAAGAGUACUUCAGUGGAAUCACACAAACUAAAAUCUGGAAUCACGAUCUCCAAAGUAAAAUCGGCAAAAGGUGCAGUAGUACCAUUUGAAACAGAUAUUGAAGAGGAUAAAAAACAAACAAAAUCGUUAGAUGAUAGCAGUGGAAGUAACACCUGUCCUAGAACAAUAGUGAACAUCCCAAGAGUGAAACGAAAGAAAUCGAACGCUGUUGAACCAAAGCAUGUAGAUCAAGUAAACGACGGUCCUAGAAGACGAAGUUCAACAGUGGAUAGCAAGUCGAACGAAAACUGUGUUAUUGAAAGACAAAAAAGUGUUACUGUCACCAAACUACCACGAGUUGUUACCGCAAAAGUUCACGAUACAUCGAUUAAUGAUAAAGUCGAAACAUCAGAAGGACAAAACGCUGAAGUAACAGAUUGUACAACUUAA